CUCAUCGCCAUCUCACCAUGUCGCAUCUUACCACGGUGAUGGCACCGUACCUGGACAAGCAUCUGGUGCUUGUUCUGCUUGACUUUCUGGCCAAGCAGGAGGAGAACCAGCAGGAGCUCGACGAGGUCCGGCUGGAGAUCAUCGCCAAGACCAACAUGGUCGAUUACGCAGUCUCUGUGCAUGAGGCGCUGCACCCAGGUGCGGCUGCGCCGGAGGAGCUUGUGGCGUCGCGGGAGAAGGUUGUUGCGGAGCUGAAGGCGCUCAAGGAGGCAGCAGGCCCGUUGUUGGAGGUGCUCGGUGACGAGGAGGCGCUCAAGGCUAUGGAGGAGAACGGGCGGUACUCGCGCGAGGGCAUGCUCGAGGUGGAGGGCGUGAGCGCGGAGACGAUUGACGCACUCAACGACUACGCCAAGUGUCUGUACGAGUGCGGCAAGUACGAGGCUGCGGCGUCGUACCUGGCGCACUACAUCAAGCUCGCCGGCGACGAGGCCAAGACGACGGCGGCCAUGUGGGGCAAGCUGGCGUCGGAGAUUCUGGCCGCUGCCGACUGGGAGGCUGCAUACGACGACCUUCUUGCGCUCAAGGACGUGAUCGACCCGCCGACGGGCGAGCGCGGGCGGCGCCGGCGCGGCGACGCGGUGACCAACGAGGCCGCGUCGCUCAAGCUGCAGCAGCGGACGUGGCUCAUUCACUGGUCGCUCUUUGUCUUUUUCAACCACCCGGAGGGCCGCAACGGAAUCAUCGACUUUCUGCUCGAGGACGCGUACCUCAACACCAUCCAGACCUCGUGCCCGCACAUCCUGCGCUACCUCACCACCGCGGUGGUGACCAACAAGCGCCGCCGCAACGUGCUCAAGACUCUCGUCACCGUCAUCCAGCAGGAGUCGUACUCGUACUCGGACCCCAUCACUGAGUUUGUCUGCUCGCUCUACGUCGACUUUGACUUUGAUCUGGCCCGCGCCAAGCUCCACGCCUGCGAGGACGUCCUCCGCUCCGACUUUUUCCUCGUCGCAUGCUUUGACGACUUUCUGGCCAACGCCCGGCUGUUCAUCUUUGAGACCUACUGCCGCAUCCACCAGAACAUCGAUCUCUCCAUGCUGGCCGACAAGCUCGACAUGGACCGCGACCAGGCCGAGAAGUGGAUCGUCAACCUCGUCCGGAACGCCAACAUCGACGCCAAGAUCGACUCGGCUGCCGACCAGGUCGUCAUGGGCAACCAGCAGCACCCGUCCAUCUACUCGCAGAUCAUCGAGAAGACCAAGGGCCUCUCGCUCCGCUCCUCCGUCCUCUCCAACAACUGCGAUCGCCUUGUGCGCGAGUAAACAUGGGCCUCGAUGAG